ACUUCCGCCUUGUAGAUGGUACCUGAGCAGAGGAGGUGAAGCAGCUAGCUGAAGUGAAAAAUUAAUUUUCAAACGUUACAGUCGACUGUCAGGAUGAGCGUGAGGAAGGUGAUUAAGACGGUUCUGAGUGUGGAGCAGACAGAGGGAGUCGGUGCUCGGGUCCGCAGGAGCAUCGGUAGAAUGGAGCUGAGGAACUUGGACCCUUUCCUGAUGCUGGAUGAGUUUAAAGUGAGCAAGCCGGCAGGUUUUCCCGACCAUCCUCACCGAGGGUUUGAGACGGUCACGUAUGUUUUAGCCGGAGUCUCGGCUCACGAGGACUUCUGCGGCCACUCGGGACGACUGCAGCCGGGAGAUCUGCAGUGGAUGACUGCAGGCCGGGGGGUGGUCCACGCUGAGAUGCCCGUGUCAGACGAGCCCGUGCAGGGUCUGCAGCUGUGGGUGAACCUGAGGAGAGCGGAGAAGAUGGUUGAACCGGCGUACCAGGAGCUGAAAGGAUCCGAGAUCCCCAAACCGAGCCGGGGAGGAGUUACAGCUGCCGUGAUUUCUGGAGAAGCUCUGGGAGCAAAGUCUAAGGUCUACACGAGGACACCAACCCUGUACCUGGACUUCAAGAUGCAGGCAGGAUCUGUGCACGAGCAGCCGGUCCCUUCAGGAUGGACGGCCUUCAUCUACACUCUCUCUGGAAGCAUCCAUGCUGGUCCAGCUCAGCAGCAGCAGCAGGUGGAGCCUCAUCACACCGUGGUGUUUGGAGACGGAGACUGCGUUCGCUUCCAAAACCAGGGUUCUGAAGUUUCCCAUUUCGUUCUGAUCGCAGGAGAACCGAUCAACGAGCCGGUGGUCCAACAUGGUCCGUUUGUGAUGACCACCCAGGAGGAGAUCCAGCAGGCCAUGAAGGACUACCAGACGGGCCAGAACGGCUUCGAAAGAGCCCUAAACUGGAGGUCCAAAAUCAGAACUUCUGUCUGAACUUCACUUCCUGUCACAACAGGAGCUUAUUUAUGGGGAAGUUUUGUGUUUUGGGAGUUUUAUUUUCUCACCUAAAAGAUAUUUUAAUAUUUUGUUGUCUGCUAAAGCUUCAUUUGGG